AAAGUAAGUUUCAUAUUGCUUAAUUUAAUCACACUCUGUUUUCUCUUUAAUUAUUUAAUGUGCUUGCUAGCUCACUAACUCACUAGUUGAGAAUGAUUUGUUGUUGCUGAAACGAGAUGCAGAGAAGGAGAUCUUCCUCUUAUAGUGGCCAAAGAUUUGCAGCAUAUGGCUCCAAUUGAAGGUGUUAUCCAGGUUCAAGGGGACAUAACUUAUGCCCGGACUGCUUAAGUGUUACUGAUUUGCAGGACAUGGAUGAAUUUGUCCGGUCCCAGCUCAUUCUAGCGAUGAUGUAGGUUAAAAAAAAAAUGUCUUCGCCGGCGAUGUCAAGCAGCCGCCGGUUCAUCCUCCAGAGGAUGAUGUUUUCAUCAAAACCUUAUCCGAUUGGGAGGGAUCUUCCUCUGAAGCAACGACCCGCCUUUAAGGGUCCAUCAUCACUGCUUACUCGAGUCAGGUUCCUGAUCAAUGACAUUGAGGACCUCGACGUUGCAGCCGAGCACGCCCGUUUAGCUGCGAGGAAGAAGAUGGACCCUGAAACAGCCACCUUAAUCAGCAAAACCAUCAUCGGAGCCAUGUGCAACGCUUGCUGCAAUUUCGUCAGACAUCGCUUUCUGCAAUUUCGUCAUCAAAUCCCUCUGCGAGAAAGGCCGCCUUGAUGACGCUCUUCGACUCUACUCCCACCUCCUCUCCAACAAACCUUCUCCGGACCACAACACGUACGACAUCUUGACCAAAGCCAUGGUCGAUGCCGGGAUGAUGGACCAAGCUCUGGAUCUCUUGUUGAAAGGAAGAGCUGAAUUGUUCAAUUUCCAAAAGCCAGGCAUGUACAUGAAUCUUAUUCGUGGCUACUUGGAACAGGGGAAUCUCGACAUGGCGUAUCAGCUCCGGGACGACUUCAAGACUUGUUCCACACGCAAUGAAAUCGCAAUCCUGGAAUCACUAUUCGUAGAGUAUUUGUUCAAGCAAGGCAAGGAUGAGGAGGCUAUGGAUCUAUACAGGAGCUCAGUGACGAUGAACAAGAACGGCUUGACAGAAAAUGCAACUGUGGGCAAUGUGUAUUUAAAACUGUUGCUCAAGUACGGCAGAAAAACACAGGCCUGGCCAUUGUUUGGGUAUGUGCUUAACUAUUACAACUUGUGCGUUGGGUUCGAUGCAUCAGAUGCUCUUAAUUUUAUGGUGAACGAGUGUUUCGAGAUGGGACGGUUCAGCGAUGCGGUCAACAUCUUCACCAAGGCCAAGGCAAAGUUUAAGUACAACUCGAAGCUUGUGGGAGUAUACAGGAACCUUAUUACAAGGUUGUGUCAGAAUGGGAGGCUGUCCGAGGCUGACAGUUUGUUUGAUGAUAUGGUGAAAGACGAAGUCUUGCCAGAUUCGUGCAUAUGUUGAGUCUGGAAGGGUCGAGGAUGCCGUUGAAACUGCAAACAAGAUGAUGACUUCUAAAGUCCACAAGGUUACUAAAUUGUUUUUCUAGUUACUUAUUUUGAGCU